AUGUCGUCUAAGGCAAACGUAGUCUUAGAGACUUUGAUUAUUGCUUUGAUCUAUUUCAGUGUAGUAGACUGUGACACAUGUCCAGCAGACAGCUUUGCAAACUCCUUAGCAGCUGACCAGUUUAGUUGUGCGAAGAAGUGGUUGCCGGUCAAGCAGCUUCAUUGGACGAAGAAGAAAAGAAUACUGGUAACCGGUGGUGCCGGUUUUGUUGGCUCUCAUUUAGUUGAUAAAUUAAUGCAAGAUGGCCAUGAGGUUAUAGCUCUUGACAAUUUUUUCACAGGAAAACGACAUAAUAUUGAACAUUGGAUUGGACAUAGUAAUUUUGAACUUUUACAUCAUGAUGUUACCAAUCCUAUAUAUGUGGAAGUGGAUGAAAUUUACCAUUUAGCUUCACCAGCGUCACCUCAACAUUAUAUGCAUAAUCCUAUACGUACUAUUAAAGCAAACACAUUGGGUACUUUAAAUAUGUUAGGAUUAGCUCGUCGUACAAAUGCCAAAUUUUUAUUCGCUUCUACUUCAGAAAUUUAUGGCGAUCCUGAAGUCCACCCUCAACCUGAAUCCUAUUGGGGUAAUGUAAAUCCAGUUGGUCCAAGAGCUUGUUAUGAUGAAAGUAAACGACUUGGUGAAACAAUGACUUAUGCUUAUUUUAGACAUCUUAAUCUUCCUGUUAGAGUUGCUCGUAUAUUCAAUACAUAUGGACCAAGAAUGCAAGUUAAUGAUGGUCGAGUGGUAACUAAUUUCAUUGCACAAGCAUUAAACAAUGAAUCGAUUACGGUAUAUGGGUUAGGAGAACAAACUAGAUCUUUUCAGUAUAUCAGCGAUCUUGUGAAUGGUCUUGUAGCUUUAAUGGAAUCCAAUUAUACAAUGCCUGUUAAUUUGGGAAAUCCUGUCGAGUUUACAGUGAAUGAAUUAGCGAUCAUGGUCAAGAAUUUUACAGACAGCAAAAGUGAUAUAAUUUAUCAACCGUUACCAAUUGAUGAUCCUCAACGAAGACAACCUGAUAUUAGUACAGCUAUAAAACAGUUAAAUUGGAAACCGACAGUAACUUUACAAGAAGGAUUAAGUAAAACUAUAAUUUAUUUCAAAGAUAUUUUAAAACCAUCAUCUGAAUGUGACGUGCAUUAG